AUGGAGCCCAUUCUCUCACAAGCUUAUGGCUACGGCUUUGCUCUAGGUAUCGGUGCUGCCUUCGCACUCUUGAUGGCUGUCAUCACUCGAGUGUUAUCAAGAUAUCUUGGACAAGUACAGAACUCUGAAAGAUUUUCCACUGCAUCCAGAAACGUCAAGUCAGGUUUGAUUGCUUCCAGUACUGUUUCGGCAUGGACAUGGCCUGCCACGCUCUUGACUUCGGGUGCAUGGUCGUAUGCUCAUGGAAUCAGUGGAGGUUUUCUCUAUGGUGUUGGAGGAACCAUCCAGAUCACGCUCUUUUUGUUUUUGGCCAUUCAAAUCAAAAGAAAGGCUCCUAAAGCUCACACAGUAUCGGAAUGUUUUGCUAUUCGUUUCGGAAAGGCGGGACACUGGUUGUUCCUCUUCUACUGUAUGAGCACCAACGUUCUCAUCUCGGCCCUUUUGCUUUUGGGUGGAUCUCAGGGCUUUGCUGCCACUACUGGUAUGCAUACUGUUGCUGCUUCGUUUCUCUUGCCUGUUGGUGUCGUUGUCUACACUGCUUUGGGAGGUUUGAAGGCUACCUUUGUUUCUGAUUGGAUCCAUACUGUCAUCAUCUAUGUCAUCUUGUUGGUCACAUGCUACACUGUUUAUUGUUCAUCAGAUCUUAUUGGAUCACCAGGAAAGAUGUAUGAUCUCUUGAAAGAGGUGGAGAAAGUCUUUCCUUCACAAACUGGCCAGAGCUACCUUUCCUUUAAAGACCAAAGCAUGAUGUUUUUGACUUGGUCUGUCUGUCUCGGAGGUCUCAGUUCCGUUUUCGGAGACCCAGGCUACUCUCAAAGAGCUAUUGCCUCUGAUGCUAAAAGUGUCUUCACUGGAUACCUCAUGGGUGGCCUUUGCUGGUGGAUUAUUCCUACUGCUCUUGGCUCUUCUGCUGGAUUGGCAUGCAGAGCCCUUCUUACCAACCCAGCCUCUGUCACAUAUCCUGAUGCCCUCACCGACUUUCAGGUGAAUGCUGGUCUUCCUGUCAUUUAUGGAAUGGCUGCCAUUUUCGGCAAGUCUGGUGCUGCCGCUGGUUUGGUCAUGCUCUUCAUGUCUGUCACCUCGGCAACUUCUGCUGAACUUAUUGCCUUUUCGUCUGUUACAACUUACGACAUCUACAGAACCUAUAUCAAACCCGACGCUACUGGUAAGCAGUUGGUAUUUGCUGCACAUGUUUCUGUCAUCUCCUUUGGAAUCAUGAUGGCUGUGGUUGCGACAGUACUUAAUUAUGUUGGUGUUACAACUGGCUGGUUAUUGAGUUUCUUAGGUAUUGUCUUGACCCCGGAGGUUAGUGCCGUUGUCUGUACGCUUUUCUGGACAAAAUUGACGAAGCCUGCACUUUUAAUCGGAUGUCCUUUGGGUACAAUUACCGGUGUUGUGUGCUGGGUGGGCUCAACUUAUCAUUUCGCUGGUGGAGUGAUCAAUAAAGAUACCGUAAUGACCACUGAAGCAACCUUCAUUGGAAAUAUUACCGCUCUUUUCUCAACUCCAAUCUACUUCGCUAUCGUGUCCUAUUUGAAGCCAGACGUCGUGCCAUACGACUUGAACAUGAUGAACAUUUCCAUCACAAUGGGGGAUGAUGUUGACAAAGAAGAGACGGAGGCAGUGGUGGUGACAGAUUCCGACAUGCAUGUUUUGAAGAAGCAGUCAUGGCUCAGUCUUCUCAUUAACAUCUUCAUCUUGGUGGGCUGCUACAUUAUUAUUCCAUGUGCUUUGUAUGCUAGUUCACACGAUUUCAGCAAGAGCUCAUUCACUGGUUUCAUUGUGGUGAUGUUGGCUUGGCUUUUGCUUGCUGCGUUGUAUAUCAUUCUUAUUCCUUUGUGGCAGGGCCGCCACUCAUUGAAGACGAUUUUCGAGCUGUUGAUUGGACGUGCUUCUCCUGCUCCAGUAGUCAAUGAGACUACCAGCAUUGGAACUGAUGCCUCCGCUGUGGAGGAAGUUAAAGAGGAGCACUUGUACAAGAAAUAA